AUGGCCACGACGGUGACGAUGUCGCAGCUGCUCGAUUGCAGUAUUCCUAUCUGGCCUACACAACUCGGGCGGUACACCGAAAUGGCACGGUCACCGUCCGAGAUGCGCGGGGGUUGGACCGAGCUGGUUCACCCGUCAGGAGCCGUAUACAACUACAAUGCGGGAAUGAAAACAUUCGCCGAAAUGAACUUGAGGACUUGUUCAGAGGAACGGCUCCGGAGGCUUGAGUCCUGGGUCAGAGCGUCAAGAGCCAAGCUAAACGGAAAGGGAUAUUUGCUAGUCGUGGAGCCGAUCGUAGUGCAAGAGAAGGAAGUCUAUCCGUACUAUUACGUCGUCCCAGAAAAUCAUAUCAUUACCUGGGUGGAGCCAGUGAAUGGCUACCUUCUUUUCCAGGAAUCUAUGGCAUCGCACUGGAAUCAUAAAAGACUCGAACUGGAGGCUCAAUUUUGGAAACAUGCCGAAUAUUUUCCUCACGAAAUCACAAUACCCCUCUCCGAAGUAAGAGCUUUGCGAAUUCAGCUGAACUGGUAUCGCGUAGUACCUCAACAACAAACAGAAGCAUUGGCCAUUGAACAGUCAACAGCGGCUUCAAUAUUCUGGACUCUGGACCAGAUGAAGGAAAUGACCGAUGAGCUGAUCAUUGCUGGCACGUACCUUUAUCUUCACCGUUCAACCCACAUUAAUAUUAUCAAAUUGAUGACUGACACAGAGGAACUUGCAGAACCUGAUGGGACCAUGAAGGGACCAGGUGUUGCAAUAUGUGGUCAUCACGAAUACCUGAACCAUUAUGGCCAACCCGAAGCUCGCCUGAUACGAAUGCACUCACUGGCCGAAAAACGCAGAGACCUCGAAGAUUCUCCCUUGAUCGCUGGCGCUGCAGCCGCCAUGCUUUGGAUUCCAUUGAUGAUGCUUAGACGCCUUAAAACGAUUUACGUUGAUGGUCUCGUGAAUGUGGUGGACAUAAGGAGUUUUACUGACAAUUUCAGUGCCCAGGCUAAAGCUCAAACCACCGUGGCAAGUGUCAUCAUGGCCGUCAACGCCAGCAUCCUUGCUGUCCCAGUUUCUACUGUAUUAUCGGGUGUAUUAUCUACAGGAGAAGAUGGCCAGUCUUGCUAUCAUCGCAAGUAUACCGAGUUUUUUGUACCUGACGAGAAACAUCCUUCUUGGUGCUGCACUACGAUCAACCCGAACAUUGACCUAUCAGCGCCCCGGACCCCAAUCAAUAAAAAUAUCUUAUUGAUUCCACCAGUUAUGCGUUCUAUGUGGGUUCCCUCGCUCGAGAAGAGGUUAUCAAAGGUCGCUACCCACCCCCAUGGAUGCUGGGUUCUGCAGCGUUGCAUUGACCAUGCUUCGGACCACCAGCGCAUCCAGCUUGUGAGCGAUAUCACUUAUAACGCGUUGGCGCUCGUUCAAAAAACCGCGCUAGACUAUGCCGAUCCUGCGCAGCGUAUGCUCCUCCUCAAAAGCAUUCGCCCACGGGAACAGGCCAACGUCGAGAACUUCAGCUAUCAUGCCCCUUAUGGCAUGAUGCUCAUGGGCAACUCUGGCCAUUACGGUGGCAACCCCGGUUAUCAUGGUCACGGUCACCACAAUGCAGGGGCCCGGUACAUCCCCCAGGGAAUGCACCCUACCAGUGUUGCUGAUGUCUAUGCCCAGGGAGGCUUGUAUGGUAUCCAAGCGCAAGGCUCCUACGGCCAUUCUCGCCUCGGUCCCCAAAUGCACGGUGUUCAGGCGCGUUCGAUCGACGGAUAUGUCUUGCAAGGCACCUCUCCUCAUAGCACGAGCCUGACACCCCCUCAUACCCAAGCCACUGGCUAUACGGGCGUUGCUGGAUAUGCUAACGUGAAAAAUUCGCUUUUGUUCAAACGUUCAGUACAACGUAAAUUUUGCGAGGAUAUUGUGAGGAUAUUGCAAAGCAUUUGCAUAGACACUCCACAACGCUCUCGUCUGCCGACUGCAUCUGAUUACAAACAGCCACCACGAAGUCAAGCUCGUACAGCGGGUGACCAUCAUUUUGCAGAGAUGCGGGUCUUCCUUCAACAUCUCCAGCCCGAUUCCGUGAUGGGUCAAAACGAGAUUCAGGCUAUGAAAAAUCGCGGGUGUUACCUUGAACAACAAUUCAUCAUCGAAAGUGGAUGGACGUAUCGCAAGGUCACUAGCCAGUUACGAAGUUGGUUUCCCAAGGUCUUUGAACACUUGGAUAUCCAAGGCGAGAAGCGGCAACCAGCAACAUUUCGGUCGACUUCAAGUUCUCACGACGAGAAGCCUAUUUGGCGACUCCUUAACAAGAGUGGACAAACACUAGCAGUUGUCGAUAUCGGGUUUCCGACUGGGAAUGACCUUGCGAAACACAAGGGCCGGGACAAGGCCAGCGUUAGUGAUUGUCAUCUCUGGUUUGUCACAAGGAACCGGAUUCCUGAUGAUAUCUACGAAUCUUGGAAUACACAACCUGUCGUAGCAGGUUCAGAUUCCGAACGUGAUGAUUGUAGCGAUCGAGAUGUUCUUUUUUCAGACACGGACAGUCCAGAUGAUUCAGUCAGCAACAAAUCAGAUAAUGAGCUUGCGAGUUCAUUGAUGGAACUCGAUAUGACCUCAGAAACUGAAGUCAAGGACCUGAAAGGAAAAGGAAAGAUGAAAGCGGCACUGGCUAGGUCACCAACAAUAAGCCGAAACGCGAAGCGCAGUCACACACUGCUUUCCCCGUCACCAUCAGAAACUACUACUAGGAAAGCAGCUCAGAAGAAACUUCGAGUCAAAAAGGAAUCUGCGAGUGACACCAUUCCCCUCUUUUUCAACUCCGAGUCUACAAACUCACCACCUCCAUCAACGCAACCUGCUCGAUCCAAUACUAGUAGCCAUGAAACAGUGUCGUUUCGUACUAGUCGAGUCACGGCGCCAGCUAAUGAGUUAUCCUCUCCACCCGACUUCGUGUCAGUCAGCGAGGCGGAUGUCCUGUGGCGCAACAAAAUACAGGACGACGACCCUUUUGCACCAGAAUGUAUCAAUCCUUGGGACACCCGUUAUUCUAUGUUGAAUCCCGCCAGCCUCCGACUCAUUUGAGCAGAGUCGCAAUACUCUCGCGCAACAUUUGACAGCGACCCAGUCUACAGGCACACUAAUUUGAUUGUUUUUCCAUUGCACAUUGUGGUUCUGCUACUAUCCUCAUCAUCUCAUUCCGUACUCCUACCUCACAUCCACGCGAUGCAUCACCUACUACUAAUGAUUUGCAGUCACAUACAUGAUUUCACUCGUUACCUACUUUAACCGUUGUGUUCUCGAGACUCGAACUGAUAGUUACCAGCAUUGGCAACCAAGCCCUCGUCUGAUCGACCUACCUUGACCGUUGUGUUCUCGAGACUCGAACUGAUAGUU